AUGCGAGUCAGUGUGAGCUUUGUCUCCCAGGCUGGAUUUUACUGUCCUGAGGGGACUGGAUUUGCCUUAAAAAGCUGUCCAGAAGGAACCUACGGUCCGGAUCCUGGCUACUGGUCUGUCUCCCAGUGCAGGCAAUGUGACGGAGGCCAUUAUUGCUCUUCCAGAAAUGCCACAGCUGUCACUGGGCCAUGCCAGGAAGGAUAUUACUGUUUACAUGGAAACGUGUCUCCACAGCCUCUCUCGCAGGCUGCAGGAGGAGGAGGACCUUGUCCUGUUGGACACUACUGUCCCCAGGCCACCAUCCAUCCUCAGCCCUGUCCAUCUGGAACAUUCUCUAACAUCACCAAUGUGGCCUCCAAGGAGGACUGUCAGCCAUGUUUCUCAGGUUACUACUGCGACUCAGUGGGGCUGUCCGCACCUUCAGGAAAAUGCUGGGGAGGCUUCUUCUGUGUUGAGGGUGCAGAUCGCCCUGACCCUCCUUUCAAAGACAGCCAUGGAGGUCCAUGCCCAAAAGGUUAUUACUGUUCAGAGGGUUCUGCAGCUCCUCAGCACUGCCCCCUGGGAACCAUCAGCACAGAAGACGGCCAAGCCAGCUGCAGUGUCUGUCCCCAGGGAUUUUAUUGCUCUGGGAAAACUAACAACUCUGUGCUGGAGAGUUUUGAGUGUCCGCCGGGCCAUUACUGCCCGGCCGGGACCUGGUCCAAAUACCAGUUCCCGUGUCCAGCUGGAACUUUCAAUCCUCGCACUCAGAUGACAAAACCCCAGGACUGCUUGCCAUGCCCUCCAGGCUCGUUCUGUGCGACUCCUGGUAAAGAUGUAGCAUCGGGCCCUUGUAGUGCAGGCUACUACUGUCUCUCUGGUGCUCAGUCACCCACACCAGAGGAUGGAGGGGUGACAGGUGAUAAAUGUCCUGAAGGGCAUUAUUGCGUUCAGGGCUCCUCUGCACCACUUCCCUGUCCUGCAGGGCAUUAUAGCAACAAAAGCAGAAACAGUCAUAUCUCAGACUGCCUGCCUUGUCCUCCAGGCAGACUGUAUUGA